UCCUUGUCGGGUUCUCGGUGGUCGCUGCUCGCUCUCGGUUGUCGAGGCGAUCCCUUGCGGGGGCUCGGCUGCUCCCUUGCGGGGUUCAGCGCCUCCCUCUCGCCCUGUUGCUCUUCGUCUUCCCUCCCCACCCACCCGCCCAGGCCUCACUGUAAAACCCAAAAGCUCUUCAAACCAAACUUCCGUAUUGGGACGGAGGCACGGGUGUGUACGUCCUUGCCCCAUUUGAUGAUUCCUCUCCUGAGUUUAUUUUUGAAUGGAAGGAUGCUCUUUUCCAGUAGAAGAUGGUGAUCCUAAUGUAUGAUCAUGGAGAAGGGGAUAAGUUCAGUAGAAGUGUUACCUUCCAAAUCAUCUCAGGUUACAGCUGUAAAAGUGGUGGUCAAAGAGCCCGAAACAAAGCAAACCCAAAGAGGGAAACGAGUGGGAUUUGUGCUUGUCCAUGCAGGUGCAGGUUAUCAUUCCGAAUCCAAAGCUAAAGAAUACAAGCAUGUGUGCAAAAGAGCCUGUCAGAAGGCAAUUGAAAAGCUACAGGCUGGUGCUCUUGCAACAGAUGCAGUGACUGCAGCACUUAUAGAAUUAGAGGAUUCUCCUUUUACAAAUGCAGGAUUGGGGUCUAACCUAAACCUUCUGGGUGAGAUAGAAUGUGAUGCCAGUAUAAUGGAUGGAAAGUCAUUAAAUUUUGGAGCAGUUGGAGCACUGAGUGGAAUCAAGAAUCCAGUUUCAGUUGCAAAUAGAUUGUUGUGUGAAGGACAGAAGGGAAAGCUCUCUGCUGGCAGAAUUCCACCUUGCUUUUUAGUUGGUGAAGGAGCUUACAGAUGGGCAGUUGAUCACGGGAUACCAGCAUGUCCUCCAGGUAUCAUGGCUACAAGGUUUAGUUUAGCAGCUUUUAAGAGGAACAAGAGGAAGCUGGAGUUGGCCGAAAAGGUGGAAACAGAUCUCAUUCAACUAAAGAAAAGAAGACAAUCAAAUGAAAAGGAGAAUGACUCAGGAACAUUGGAUACAGUUGGUGCAGUUGUUGUUGACCAAGAAGGAAAUGUUGCUGCUGCUGUCUCCAGUGGAGGUUUAGCACUAAAGCAUCCUGGAAGAGUUGGUCAGGCAGCUCUUUAUGGUUGUGGCUGCUGGGCUGAAAAUACAGGAGCUCAUACCCCUUACUCCACUGCUGUGAGUACUUCAGGUUGUGGAGAGCACCUUGUCCGAACCAUACUAGCCAGAGAAUGUUCAUGUGCUUUGCAAACAGAAGAUGCCCACCAAGCUCUCCUAGAGACUAUGCAAAACAAGUUUAUUGGUUCACCUUUUCUAGCCAAUGAAGACGGUGUACUCGGAGGUGUGAUAGUUCUUCGGUCUUGCAGGUGUUCAGCAGAGCCUGAAUCAUCACAGGAAAAGCCAACUUUACUAGUGGAAUUUCUGUGGAGCCAUACAACAGAGAGCAUGUGUGUAGGAUAUAUGUCUGCACAGGAUGGCAAAGCUAAGACUCACAUUUCUAGACUUCCUCCUGGAGCCGUGGCAGGACAGUCCGUGGCAAUAGAAGGAGGAGUUUGCCGGCUGGAGAGUCCAGAAAGCUGAACAGCUGAUUCCUCACUUCAUUGCAGAGAAUGUGAAUGACUUUUUGUAUAAUAAGUUUUUUGUGUUUUAACAGAUGUUGGAAAUUCUACUUUUGUUUUAUACCCUGUAUUGCAACCAUGUGCACCAUAACUUGAGACAAGUGCUGCUGUAGUUUAUGUUCUCACUCUGUGAAUGGGGGUGUGUGCAUGUUCAUUUUUUCCCUAAUAAAAUAGGAACUCUUCCCAGUUGUGCAAAGAUUAUGUAUGAUUAAUGAUUGCAUUUUCAUUGUUUUAUGUUUGAAAAAUAACUGAAAGUUUCUUUAAAAAAAAUGUUUAAUUUAAAGAUAUGGUCACAAUUGUCAUUCAUGUUCUAAACUUAAAAUUAACAGGCCUUUGAAGUGGAUAUAUAAUUAUGCAAAAAUUAUUAUGGUUUCUAAGUUUCUCAGUGGUUUAAGUAAAUCCAGAGGUGGUUUAAACAUGGGUUGAUUUUUUCCUCCCCAAUAAGGAGGAUUUUUUUUUUUUGUCAAAGAAUGGUUUCAGUGAAACAAACUAGAGGAAAAUUAAGGCUAGAAUUGUUUUUAAAUAGUCUUAUAGGUCAUAUCUCUGUUCCCAAACUAAGAUGUUAAUAGCUUCAAGCUGUAUGUAUUACAAAAAGCUAUAUGGAGAUAAUGUAUCGUAACGCAGUCUUUAUGUAUAAUGGAAUAUUACAAUGUAAAUAAGAAAACAAAGUUUAUGGAAAGAUUCGAUAUUAUUCUUCGCUUCUGUUUUAAAUCUAUUUUUAAGAGAGGUACAGAAAUGAACAUAUUACUGGAUGCGAAGUGCAAUGUGUAUUAAAUGGAUGUUGGGAGGUCUGAUACUAGCUUUCUUAUUGAUAAAGCAGCUUCCUAAAGUCCAGCCACAGCAUGGGUAUUUAUAUAACUGUGUGUAUUAUGUAUGUACUGUGCAUAAAUUUACUGUAAUUCUUUUUAUACUUUCAACAAAGCUACAUUAUAAACCAA